UGUCAUGGCGGCCGCCCGUGCCUGGGUAGACGCCAUGGUGGCUGCCUCGGUACGUGUCAUGGCGGCCGCCUGUGCCUAGGUACGUGUCAUGGCGGCCGCCUGUGCCUGGGUACGUGUCAUGGCGGCAGCCUCUGUAGGUGUCAUGGCGGCCGCCAGUGCCUGGGUAGAUGCCAUGGUGGCCGCCUCGGUAGGUGUCAUGGCGGCCGGAAGCGGAAAUCUUUACGUCACGGGGCGCGCCCUCUCUUCCUCGUGCCGGUGGCGGGGCGGGGGGGUCUGUGCCCGCAGGAUGCUGGCGCGGGGCUGGCGGCGGCUCUUCGCGGGGCGGCUGCUGCUGCUGACCAACACGGCGAGCUGCGGCGCCAUGCUGGCCGCCGGCGACGUGCUGCAGCAGGCCUGGCACUGCCGGCGGCACCCGGGCACCGACCUGCAGCCGGCGCGCACAGGACGGAUGUUCGCUGUCGGCUGCAGCAUGGGCCCGCUCAUGCAUUACUGGUACCUCUGGCUGGACGCUGCUUUCCCGGCACGGGGCGUGAGGGGGCUCAGAACCAUCCUCAAGAAAGUCUUAAUGGACCAGAUGGUGGCAUCGCCCGCCCUGGGCAUCUGGUACUUCCUGGGCAUGGGCACGCUGGAGGGGCAGGCUCCAGAGGAGAGCUGGGAGGAGCUGAAGGAGAAAUUCUGGGAGUUCUACAAGGCUGAUUGGUGCGUCUGGCCCCCGGCUCAGCUCAUGAAUUUCCUCUUCGUCCCACCCAAGUACCGGGUGGUUUAUGUCAACGUGAUCACACUGGGCUGGGACACGUACCUCUCCUACCUCAAACACAGGCCUGGCACCCCCCCGAGCACGGAGCACAACGCGCCCCAGGACAACCAGCGCAGGGUCGGGAUAUGAAGGAGCUGAUCUCAAUGGCAGCGUUUUUGGAGGCUCCUGCCCAUGAGCCCGUGCUGCUGGCGUGGGGAGGAGCUGCUGCAGCUCUGCUUUGCCUCCGUGUCCUCAGUGCACUCCUCUCUGCUGCAGACAGGUUGAUUUGCCCUCCUCCAGGACAAGCCUGGCCCCUUGCUCCCCGCUCCAGCACCUUCCUCUGCUCCUGCUGUGGCUGCUUGGCAGAGGGAUGCUGUCCCUGUGCUCCCGGUGCAGCUCCUCAGCCCGUUUCCCUGCUGCUGUUCUGUCCUCAAAGCAGAAGCCACCCAGCUCCUUCUCACCCCCCUCCCCAGCACCGCGCGUGGGCUCCUGCAGCCACCCAGCGCCUAUAAAUAGUGGUGUGAGCGCAGCCGCCUGCUCGCUGCCACGUCUGAAUCCAUGUGGAGGCAGUUGGGUGCUUCUAAGGCAAUGCUUGGGCAGGAUCUGGACCCUCCCUGGGACCUUCCCUUGUUUCCAGCAUCACUGAGAACUGCCUAAAUGUUGACUUUCCUAAAGCUCAACACGGUGCCUUAGAGCUCUGUCCUCAUCCCUCCUGUCCCCCCCUGCCACUAAGGGGGCACCCGAGCUGCCAGAAGCCAUUUGGUGGAUGCUGAUGAAGAAACCAGAUGAGUUUUUGCUUCUCUUUGGCGAUGAGGUUGGCAGCGGGGCCGCGGGUACAGACACGGGGGCCCCCUCUGCGCCCGCAGUGACCCCCAGAGGCCAGUGAUCAGCAGUGAUUUAUUUCUUCACACCAGUUCUGGAAUACAGUGAUUUUUAGGAAA